CAGUGACACCUUUUAGUCUUGGUCUUUUUACUAAAUCAGAUUCAAUUCGUGGAAAUGCUAUCUCCUCUUUACGAGAUGCCUUGAUGGGAUGCUGUUUAUCUUCUCUUUAUGAGAUGCCAUCUCCUCUUUACGAGGUGUCUUCCCUUGAUGGGAUGCGUUUAUCUUCUCUUUAUGAGAUGCCAUCUCUUUACGAGGUGCCUUCCCUUGAUGGGUUAUGUUUAUCUUCUCUUUAUAAGAUGUCAUCUUCUCUUUACGAGCCUGAAUUAUCUGUGAUGCUAUACGGAAAUAUUAAUAUUCUUAAUAAAGAAGAUCUUGAAAUAUGGCUACGCAAAAUAGUAAAAAUUCCAUUCGUGCAUGUAAAAAAAAAUUUGCAUGUUGGUUACGCUCACAUACAUUUUCCUAGUCAUGAAAAUGCGAGUAACUUCUUUUAUACUUAUCAAAAUGCCACUCUUGAUGGUCCUAAAGGAGAUGAAGAUAUCAAAAUAAGAGAGUCAUAUUAUUUUGGUAAAUUAAAAAGAAAGGUUAUUUAUGUAAAAGCGGACAAAUCAAUUACCACUACCAAAAAAGCUGAGAAAGAGCCGUAUAAUAAUAAUGAAGCUGAAAAUCAGGAAGAGUCAUAUAACAAUAACGAAACUAUAAAUCAGGAAGAGUUGCGCAAUAAUAAUGAUAAGACUGAAGAUGAGCCAGAUUAUACAAAUAACAAAAAAAGAAAACUUGUCAACUUAAAUUACUCAGUUUGUACAGUCAGUGGUUAUGUCACACAAUAA